AUGCCAAGCCCCGAGACCGCGUUCUCCAAGUCGCGACGUGAAUCUAACAUCUUUACUAGGUGCGAAAGUGCUAUUCUCCUGCUUACCUUUACCAUCGCAUCAUCGCACCUCUGGUCUCUCUUACUGACCCUGACUGUGGCAAUAAAAUCUUUUCCGUCGCAGCGCCUUAGUCUGCGCGGAGGCGCGAUGGAGUCCUUCGAAAAUAUUCACCUUGAUCUCUCAAAACAGCCCGGCAAGUGCAGACUUGCUGAGAUUGGUCUAGGAUGGAAGUCGAGUGGCGCAUCAGAACCUUUCACACUCGAUUAUAACCAUUUCCUUGCCGCACAGUGGAGCCGAGCCGCGAAGGGCUACGAGAUCAAAAUUAUCACAAAAGAACAAUCAGUAAUCCAGCUAGAUGGCUUUGAAAAGGCUGAUUUCGACCGGGCAAGCAAAGCUUUCAAGAUUUGGUAUGGCAUCAACCUGGAGAACAAGGAGCAUGCUCUACGAGGCUGGAACUGGGGCAAGACCGAGUUCGGACGUGCAGAGAUGGCCUUCAAUGUCCAAAAUCGACCUGCAUUCGAAAUUCCAUACUCCGAGAUCUCAAAUACCAAUCUGGCUGGUAAGAACGAGAUCGCGGUCGAGUUCAACCUAGCUGGAGAUACGGCACAGAAUGGCGUCGAUGGACAAAAGCCAGCAACGACGAGGAAUCGGGGCCGGAAGGCUGCCGCGGCUCGUGAUGAGCUGGUUGAGAUGCGCUUCUAUAUCCCAGGCACCAUGUCUAAGAAGGAAGCCAAUGGCGAAGAGCCGGCUAGUGGCGAUGAAGGCGAGGAGGAUGAAGAGCAAAGCGCAGCUAACUUCUUCUACGAGACGCUCAUGCAGCGAGCAGAGAUUGGUGACGUUGCUGGGGAUACCAUUGCGACCUUUCCCGAUGUGCUGUUCCUCACUCCCCGCGGUCGAUUCGAUAUCGAUAUGUACGAAGGGUCAUUUCGCCUCCGCGGAAAGACCUACGACUACAAGGUCGAAUACCAAGCGAUCAAGAAGGUCUUCAUGCUACCUAAGAUCGACGAAGUCCAUACCUUGCUUACCCUUGGCCUGGAUCCUCCUCUAAGACAAGGUCAGACACGGUACCCUUUCAUCGUAAUGCAAUUGAAACUCGACGAUGAGACUGUUAUCGACCUCAACUUGACUGAGGAGCAGCUGGAAACCAAGUAUAAGGACAAGCUCGAAGGCCACUACGAGGCGCCGCUCCACCAUGUCAUUACGAGAGUGUUCAAGGGCCUGUCCGGCAAGAAGGUCAUUACUCCUUCGAAAGACUUCUCCAGUCAUCAUAACCUACAGGGAGUUAAGUGCUCGAUCAAGGCCAAUGAAGGUGCCUUGUACUGCUUGGAUCGCAGCUUCAUGUUUGUCCCUAAGCCAGCCACCUAUGUUCCCAUCGACAAUGUCGAGAAGAUCGUCAUGUCCAGAAUCGGCGGCGCGCUCGCUGCUAGUCGCACGUUUGACAUUAGCUUGCUGCUGAAGGGUGGAGCGGGUGAGCACCAAUUCAGUAACAUUAACCGCGAGGAGCAACAGUCACUCGAGGACUUUUUCAAGGCCAAAGGUAUCCGGUACAAGAACGAGAUGGUUGACGAUACUUCGAGCCUGCUGAAGGCAGCAUUGGACAAUCCGGAUCUGGCGAGCUCGGACGACGAAGCCGGAGCGCCCAGAGGAUCGGCGGAUGAAGACGACGAGUCACCAGACGAAGACUUCCAAGCCGACUCUGAUUCUGAUGUUGCUGAAGAAUACGACUCGGCGCACGAUAGUAGUGGUAGCGAUAGCGAUGCAGAAAUGGCUGACGCAGAUGGAGACGCAGACGAUGCCGGUGGCUCGGGCGCGAGUGAUGAAGAAGAGCAAUCCCGCCCCAAGAAGAAGACGAAGAAGACAUGA